UCUACCCCCAUCAUCGUCCAUUUCUCCUUCUUCCUCUUUCUUUAGAGUUGCACCUCUCUCUGCCUCUUCUGUCGUCUCUCUGUCUGCUCUCUGCGAUCUGCUCUGCUCCUCUGCGUUGCUCUGCGGGUUUUGCUAAAAAAAUCGAAGCAUCCUUUUCAGCGAUUGUCUUGGUUGUUGCAAAAGAAAUCCGUGCUGCUCCAGCUGCCGCGUUUUUUGUCCACCUCACGUCACCACUGACUAGAGCGAGAUCCACGGCCUUCACCAGCUGCGAAAAAAAAAUCUCUGCGCGCAACUUCCUUGUCCGGUUCCUCCCACGUCGUUUAACCCCCCCAUUCCCAAAUUCCUCCCUCGACACGAAAAUUACUCUGUAAUUCCUCCUCCUCACCACUCUCACUCACCCUCCUUACGAGUCGCACGACGUUUCUUCCUGGUCAUCCGGAAAAAUAGUCUUUUGUUGGCGCCCAAAAGUAAGUAAUCAAUGCUCUCUAUCUCUACCUCACUGUUUCUUCCUACCUCUCUCUCUGCCUUUACUCCCCUUCCCCUCUUCCGUCGCAUUCUCGCAGUCGCAUCCGCAACCGCAGCCGCAGUCGCAAAUCGAACGCUCGUGUCCGACCAUCCGGCCUUCGGCAUCCUCGGCAAUCCUCUGCUGAGCACCUCGACGUUGCUCGCCUCGAAUUGACCCCAAGAGCGAUUCUGGGGGAUGUUGGUCGGAGAAAAAAUGGAAUAGCAGUUCUGGGCGCAUCAUCGAACCCCUCCAUGCAUCGUGGAUCAUCCCGGAUCGCGCUUGAAGAUCGACAACCAAAUGCCGAAGCCAUUCAGCCUCGACGUGUCCUGCAACGAGUCGUCACCGUCAGACGCCCGAGGAAACGAAAUAUGCACCAUCAGCAGCCGGCCCUUCCUCACCCCCGCACCCAAAACAUCUGCGAGUCCCGUCUUACUUCACCCGCCGCGCCGUGUCCGCAGCUUCUUUUGACCAUGGGGAAGGAAGGAAGGCCUCAUCACGAGCUUCUGCAAUAUCGGCUUGACAUAUGGCACGGUCCUUUCGUCCUAAAGCCCAACGUCUAGCCGAAAUGGCGCAACACUAGAGAGGGGCGAAGGUUGGAUCCGCAGGGCAUCACACCGAGGACAGGAAAUAGCUCCAGGUUGGAUGGCAACAUUUGGUCUUGUGUCACCAAGGCCUCUCGUUGCUGAGAAGAUGACGUGUCUCGCGAAAGGCAGACGGUCAGAUGACCUCCGUCAACUGCCUCAAAAGUUACCCGGCCACCACGCUCUCAAGGCUUGCUACACCUCAAUUGCAAGCAGGUAUGCGACUGAAGGGCUCGCAAUCUCUCUACACCUGACUUGCCCUCAGGUGUCCGUUUGCGAAGGAUUGUCUAGGAGGUCCCUGCCAUGGUACAAAUUCGACCGGCAUUGAACGCACGCCGCUUGUGCUGCAUUAUCAAUCACCGCCCACGAUGAUUCCUGCGGAAACAGCUACUAGAUGAGCAACUGCGGAUUGACUGCGACUGCGAUUGUGACUGCGACUGUUCACGACGAGCUGACAGGAUGACAUGUGAAUAUCUGAACGCUAACCUUCGUUAGGUCCAAUCAUUUCCGAUUCUUCCUCUGACCUUUUCUCGAACCGUUCAAAGUUCACGUUGGCCACGGCGAAACAGACCUAAAAGUCGAAUUUGAAGCAUUGCUCGGUUCUUUGAGUCGGCGGCUAAAGCAUUUUUGCACGAACAUCCCGCGACAUCUCGAUUUUUCGUUUUCACAACGGGGCGUGCUGGCGUCAGAGAGAAUCGACUUUUUACCAAGUUCCCUUCGGAGUACAGGUUUUGCGUCUGAAUACAGGUCGUUCUGAUUCGAUUCUCGAAACCAUCAACCAUUUUUGAAAGCGGACAGCUACAGUUCUGAACUCUUCACUACUAUCUUACCACCAAAAUGGACGGAAUUAACCCCUACAACCCCGCUCAGGGCAACGGUGCCCCCCCUCCCAACGCUAACGGCGAUGGGUUCGGUACUCCCGUCUCCGGCGGCAUGCCCUUCCCCGGCAACAACGGUUCCGGAGAGAUCCCGGGCGGCCAGGCCCCUAUCCAGCAGGACGCGAAUAAGAACACUCUCUGGAUGGGCGAGCUCGAGCCCUGGAUGGAUGAGAACUUCAUCAAGGGUGUCUUCUUGACCGCCACCGGAGAACCCGUCAACGUCAAGGUCAUUCGUGACAAGACUUCGGGCAAUGCCGGAUACUGCUUCGUCGAGUUCACCUCGUCCGAGGCCGCCAGCAAGGCCCUCACCCUGAAUGGAUCCCCCGUCCCCAACUCCAACCGCGCCUUCAAGCUCAACUGGGCUUCCGGUGGCGGCAUCAACGACCGCCGCGACGAUCGUGGUCCCGAGUACUCGAUCUUCGUUGGCGACCUUGGCCCUGAGGUCAACGAAUACGUUCUCGUGUCUCUCUUCCAGGCGCGAUUCCCCUCCUGCAAGUCUGCUAAGAUCAUGACCGAUGCUAUGUCGGGACAGUCGCGUGGCUACGGAUUCGUUCGUUUCACCGACGAGCAGGACCAGCAGCGUGCUCUUGUGGAGAUGCAGGGAGUUUACUGCGGCAACCGCCCCAUGCGCAUUUCCACCGCCACCCCCAAGAACCGAAGCAACCACGGCGGCCCUUACCAGCAGCACCAUGGUAACCAGAUGAUGGCUCCUGGCCUCCCCCCUCACCAGCAGGGCUUCUACGGCGUUCCCUCGCCUGCCCAGUACGGCGGUGCUUACGGAGCCCCCUACAACCCUCCUGGUCAGCAGAUGAACCAGUUCACCGACCCCAACAACACGACCGUUUUCGUCGGUGGCCUGUCUGGCUACGUCACUGAGGAUGAGCUCCGAAGCUUCUUCCAAGGAUUCGGAGAGAUCACCUACGUCAAGAUCCCGCCUGGAAAGGGCUGCGGUUUCGUCCAGUUCGUCCAUCGCCACGCUGCUGAGAUGGCCAUCAACCAGAUGCAGGGAUACCCUAUUGGAAACUCUCGUGUCCGUCUGAGCUGGGGCCGCAGCCAAAACAACUCUGGUGUUGGUACCCCCUACCGUCCUGCCCCUCCCCCACCUCACUACUUCGCUCCGGCUCCCGGCCCUGGCGCCUACGGACCUGCUCACUUCGGUGCGCCGGGUCCUCAUGGCCCUCCGGGACCUCAGGGCCCUCCUGGUGCCCCUCCUCAGUAGAUCGAAGGUUUCAAGGGUCUCCUUGACGGCCCCAAUGCCUCUGGGCUCAAGUUGAGCACUUGAGGAAAUAUUGAGAGUUGCGCUCUCAACUGUCUUAUUGCUUCACCCUUUCUCGAGCUUCUCUCAUCGUUCUUCGUUCGCUGCCGCCGCCUUGGACUCUUAACGCUGCACGAUGGAUACCUGGGCGAAUGACACAUAUUUCUUUGGACUUGUUUGAUGUUAGGCAUACGGAUAGCGGAUACGAUUGUGAGACAUCACGAGAACGACGAUUGCAUGCUUUGCGGCCUUAGUUACCUCUCUGGACAUCUGGGCUUGUCUUGGGCGUCGGGUUCGGAUGGUUUUGCGACUUGGUUGCCCCUUCUAUUCGUCUUACUUCCACACGGGACUCCCCCAACAGAGAUUUCCUAGCUUUUAGUUUGCUUUUUCGCCACGUUGUUGACUUGUUCGUGACCGUUCUGCGUGUGAACCAAUCCUGUUGUUAGCUUUGCUAGUUGGUCGGUCAUUGGUCUGCAGUUGCGAUACCCCUCUGUCAUUCACGAAUUUGCUGCUGCGUACUAAAGAGGCUAUGCGUCCUCGCCUUGUAUCAUGGUCCUUUUAACCCGUUGUCUGUUUCUCUUGAUGAGAGGGUCAUGCUGGCGCUAUUCGAUGGUGGUUGGCGUAGGAAUCUUGAUGAUCAUUCGGUCUGGGACUUGGGAUUGUGCCUCGCUGUACGUUGGGCGAAAAGUAGAUUGCUUGGUGUGGUUUAUCUAGUGGCUUCCCACGUUGGGCGAAUGGCGUUGGUGGAUGAGUAGGGAUACUUCCGCUCCAGGCUCAGAGGGGCCUCUGGGUGAAAUCAAGUUUGUCAAGA